UUUUGAGAAAUCACCUUUUUGAGCCACCGUUAAUGAAAAGCUUUUUAAAUCUGUGUGUCUCUCAACAGCUUUCCAGUAUGAAGAGUUGGAAAGACAUGCGAAAGGAGAUCCUGUAUCUGACCGCUGAUACGACAGGAUCUCCAAAGCAGGUGUACGAGGCCGUGUCACGAAUCGUCUGCGGGCAUCCAGAGGGAGGUGGCCUCAAAAUCAAGUCUCUCAACUGGUAUGAAGACAACAACUACAAGGCCCUGUUUGGACACCAUGGCAAUGACAGCGACAGCGAACCAGUCUCCACUUACGACAACUCUUCCACUCCUUAUUGUAACAACUUGAUGAAGAGUUUGGAGUCCACCCCCAUUUCCAGGAUGAUCUGGCGAGCCCUAAAGCCUCUUCUCAUGGGGAAGAUUCUGUACACCCCAGAUACUCCAGCAACACAGAGGAUCAUCCAUGAGGUUAAUAAGACCUUCCAGGAGCUGGGUGUCCUAAGAGACCUUGGUGGUAUGUGGGAGGAGAUGAAGCCCAAAUUUUGGAAUUUCUUGGAGAAUAGUGAAGAGAUGGAUUUAGUCAGGUCCCUGCUCCAAAGCAACGUCAGUGCAGCUUUCCUGAACACCCAGCUCAGUGGGAUUGAGUGGAGCGUGUCAGACGUGGCAAACUUCCUAUCGAAAGCGUCAGAGGAACGCAAGCCUGCAGGCUCCACGUACACCUGGAGAGACGUCUUCAACGAAACCGACCGGGCCAUACGGACCAUUUCACAGUUCAUGGAGUGUGUGAACUUGGACAAGUUGGAGCCAGUUGCCAAUGAGGAACGCCUGGUCAACAAGUCCAUGGGUCUUCUGAGUAAUCAGAAGUUCUGGGCUGGGAUUGUGUUUCCAGACAUCGCUCGUAACAACAGCACAGACCUGCCUCCUAACGUCAACUACAAAAUCCGCAUGGACAUCGAUAAUGUGGAGAGGACUAACAAGAUCAAAGAUGGAUAUUGGGACCCUGGUCCCAGAGCAGACCCCUUUGAGGACCUUCGGUACAUCUGGGGUGGGUUUUCCUACCUGCAGGACGUCAUUGAACAAGGAAUCACCAGAGCCAUCACCGGCACCAAGGAGAGGACAGGCAUCUACAUCCAGCAGAUGCCUUAUCCCUGCUACGUUGAUGACAUGUUCUUGCAAGUGAUGAGCAGGUCAAUGCCUCUCUUCAUGACUUUGGCAUGGAUGUACUCUGUAGCCAUCAUCAUCAAGGGCGUCGUGUACGAGAAGGAGGCGCGGCUGAAGGAAACCAUGAGGAUCAUGGGGUUGAAUAAUGGCACCCUGUGGCUGAGCUGGUUCAUCAGCAGUUUAAUCCCUCUGCUGAUCAGCGCUGGCUUGUUGGUGAUGUUAUUGAAGAUGGGAAACCUGCUGCCUUACAGUGACUCGGGCGUCGUGUUUCUUUUCCUGGGAUCCUUCGGCGUCGUUACCAUCAUGCAGUGCUUUCUCAUCAGCACUUUAUUUUCUCGUGCCAACCUGGCAGCAGCCUGUGGGGGCAUCAUUUACUUCACUCUUUAUCUGCCGUAUGUUCUGUGCGUUGCUUGGCAAGACUACGUGGGCUUCGGUGCCAAAAUUGUCGUGAGCGUACUUUCUCCUGUGGCUUUUGGCUUUGGAUGUGAGUACUUUGCCCUGUUUGAGGAGCAAGGAGUGGGAAUCCAGUGGUCCAACUUGCUUGUGAGCCCAAUGAAGGAGGACAGCUACAACCUGACCACCUCGAUCUGCCUCAUGUUGUUUGACGCAGUGUUGUACGGAAUAAUGACUUGGUACAUUGAAGCUGUGUUCCCUGGUCAAUACGGUAUCCCAAGGCCUUGGUUUUUCCCUUUCACACGGUCGUACUGGUGUGGAGAGAAAGAAAACAAAAACCUCAACACUCCUAUGUCGAAAAAGGGAAACGCUGAUGCUGUUUGCAUGGAGGAGGAUCCGAGCCACAUUGAACCUGGUGUUUACAUUGAAAAUCUGGUGAAGGUCUACAGCCAUGGAAACAAGCUGGCCGUAGAUGGACUGUCCCUGAAGUUCUAUGAGGGACAGAUUACCUCCUUCCUCGGCCACAAUGGAGCUGGCAAGACCACAACUAUGUCAGUCCUGACAGGUUUGUUCCCACCCACUUCUGGCACUGCCUACAUCCUUGGCAAAGACAUCCGCAGCGAGCUGAGCACCAUCCGACAGAACCUGGGCGUCUGCCCCCAGCACAACGUGCUUUUCAGCAUGCUGACUGUGGAAGAGCACAUCUGGUUCUACGCUCGCCUAAAGGGGCUUUCCGAGGAGCGGGUGAAAGCUGAGAUGGAACAAAUCGUAAACGACGUCGGCCUGCCUCACAAGCGCAAGUCGCGCACAAGCACUCUGUCAGGUGGGAUGCAGAGGAAGUUGUCUGUGGCUUUGGCGUUUGUUGGGGGCUCAAAGGUUGUGAUUCUGGAUGAGCCCACUGCUGGUGUCGAUCCUUACGCACGAAGAGGAAUCUGGGACCUGCUUCUCAAGUACAGACAGGGUCGCACCAUCAUCCUGUCCACUCAUCACAUGGAUGAAGCUGACAUCCUGGGUGACCGAAUCGCCAUCAUUUCCCAUGGCAAGCUGUGCUGUUUGGGAUCCUCUCUCUUCCUCAAGACCAACCUCGGCACAGGCUACUACUUGACUCUGGUCAAGAGAGAUUAUGACUUGUCCCUUCAGUCCUGCAGGAACUCUGCCAGCACCGUCUCCUACAGCAAGAAAACAGAAAAGGAGGACAGUGUAUCAGAGAGCAGCUCAGAUGCUGGCCUGGGAAGUGAACCAGAAAGUGAAACCACCACCAUCGAUGUCUCCCUCAUCUCCAACGUGAUCUUUAAGCAUGUUCCAGAAGCUCGUCUUGUAGAAGAUCUGGGCCAUGAGCUCACUUACAUCCUGCCCUACCAGUCAGCUAAAGACGGAGCUUUUGUUGAGCUCUUCCAUGAGCUCGAUGACCGACUCAUGGACUUGGGAAUUUCAAGUUAUGGAAUAUCUGAUACCACCCUGGAAGAGAUUUUCCUGAAAGUGGCAGAAGACAGUGGAGUGGAUUCUGUUGAGCUUUCAGAUGGAGUUGUACCGACCAGGAUCCGUCGGCGUCAUGCAUUCGGAGACCACCAGAGCUGCCUGAAGCCCUUCACCGAGGAUGACUUUGACUUCAACGACUCUGAAGGUGACCCAGAAUCCCGUGAAACGGACUGGCUUGGAGGAGCAGACGGCAAAGGCUCAUUCCAGGUCAAAGGCUGGAGCCUGAAGAGGCAGCAGUUUGUGGCUUUGCUCUGGAAACGAUUCCUCUAUGCCCGUCGCUCCAGGAAAGGCUUCUUCGCUCAGAUUGUUCUGCCGGCGGUGUUUGUGUGUAUUGCACUUGCGUUCAGUCUUAUUGUUCCUCCGUUUGGGAAGUACCCCAGUCUGGCUCUGCACCCCAGCAUGUACGGAGAGCAGUUUUCCUUUAUCAGUAAUGAUAUUCCUGAGGACCUGCACAUCAACAAACUACAGCAAGCUUUGACAGAAAAACCAGGCUUUGGAACGCACUGCAUGGAAGACAAGCCCAUACCAAAUACUCGCUGCAACGCCGUAGAAGACGAAUGGGCGGUUCCUCCAGUUCCUCAAACUGUACGAGACGUUUUCGACAAAGGCAACUGGAGCAUGGAGAAUCCCUCUCCGCUGUGCGAGUGCAGCUGCGGGAAGCGAAAACGGAUGCUGCCCGAGUGUCCCGCUGGGGCCGGAGGCCUUCCGCCACCACAGAUGAAGCUCAGCGACACGGACACUCUGCAGAAUCUGACUGGCAGAAACGUGUCCGAUUAUCUGGUUAAAACCUACGCUCAGAUCAUCGGCAAGAGCCUGAACAACAAGAUUGGGGUCAACGAGUUCAGAUACGGUGGAUUCUCACUGGGUGCCAGAAAUUCUCAGGUUCUGCCUCACAAAGAAGAAAUUGAUGUAGCGAUAGCACAGCUAAGGAGACGCUUUCAUCUUGACAGAGGAACUGCAGCCGAUCGUUUCUUCCGCAGUCUCUCCAGUUUUAUCCAAGGUUUGGACACCAAGAAUAACGUCAAGAUCUGGUUUAACAACAAGGGCUGGCACAGCAUUGGUUCUUUCCUCAACGUGAUGAACAACGCUGUCCUGCGGGCGAGCCUUCCGCCUGGAAAAGACCCCGCAAAGUUUGGCAUCACCGCCUACAACCACCCACUGAACCUGACUAAGGAGCAGCUGUCGCAGGUCGCUCUGAUGACAACAUCUGUGGACGUUCUGGUGUCAAUUUGUGUGAUCUUCGCCAUGUCCUUCGUUCCUGCCAGUUUUGUGGUUUUCCUCAUCCAGGAGAGAGUUACGAAGGCCAAGCAUAUGCAGUUCAUCAGUGGAGUGCAACCCUUCCUGUACUGGCUGGCAAACUUUGUCUGGGAUAUGUGCAACUACAUCGUUCCAGCCACUCUGGUGAUCAUCAUAUUUGUGUGUUUCCAACAAGAAGCCUAUGUGUCUUCCACUAAUCUGCCAGUGCUGGCCCUGCUGCUGCUGCUCUACGGCUGGUCGAUCACCCCUCUGAUGUACCCAGCCUCCUUCUUCUUUAAGAUCCCCAGCACUGCCUAUGUGGUUCUAACCAGCGUCAACAUACUGAUAGGGAUCAAUGGCAGCGUGUCCACGUUUGUCCUGGAGUUGUUCGGAAGCAAUGAGAUCGGUGGCAUUAAUGACAUCUUGAAGAACGUGUUCCUCAUUUUUCCUCACUUCUGCCUGGGUAGAGGACUGAUUGACAUGGUGAAGAAUCAGGCCAUGGCUGAUGCUUUAGAGAGAUUCGGUAACUAAAGCAAAUGUUCCUUUCAACCCCCGAGUGGUUUCGACAAGGGAGAAAAAAAUUUUCUAAAACAAAAAAACAAAAAACAGAAGCAUUAAACCAGUGGUGUC